AUGGCGACCCCAGCCUCGGCCCCAGACACACGGGCUCUGGUGGCAGACUUCAUAGGCUACAAGCUGAGGCAGAAGGGUUAUGUCUGUGGAGCGAGUCCCGGAGAGGGCCCGGCAGCUGACCCGUUGCACCAAGCCAUGCGGGCAGCUGGAGACGAGUUCGAGACUCGUUUCCGUCGCACCUUCUCUGACCUGGCGGCUCAGCUGCAUGUGACCCCAGGCUCAGCCCAGCAACGCUUCACCCAGGUCUCUGACGAACUCUUCCAAGGGGGCCCCAACUGGGGUCGCCUUGUGGCCUUCUUUGUCUUCGGAGCUGCUCUGUGUGCUGAGAGUGUCAACAAGGAGAUGGAGCCACUUGUGGGACAAGUACAGGAGUGGAUGGUGGCCUACCUGGAGACGCGGCUGGCCGACUGGAUCCACAGUAGUGGGGGCUGGGCGGAGUUCACAGCUCUGUACGGGGACGGGGCCCUGGAGGAGGCGCGACGCCUGCGGGAGGGGAACUGGGCCUCAGUGAGAACAGUGCUGACGGGGGCCGUGGCGCUGGGGGCCUUGGUAACUGUAGGAGCAUUUUUUGCCAGCAAGUGA